AUGUCUUGGCUCCUUUCUGGAAUGGCAUUUCGAAUUUGGCACGAUCUCGGCUUUCAGCGCGACUUGAAAGAAAAUGUCUUGCCUACGAUGGAGCAGUUCCGAUCCCCAAGUGAGCUUCGUCGUCGCAUUUAUUGGGGGGGCUAUGCAGCAGAUAAAAUAUUUGCUUUGUAUCUAGGAAGACCGGCUGACAUGUAUGAUGAUCACACCGAUGUCUCAGCCGCUGUGCCUCGACCACAUAUUCCAGUGUUUGACAAUUUCAUAGUCGAACACGGCUUAACACAUUUAAGGGAACCAAUACCUCCAUCGCCAAGACUGAUCUUGACCCUCCAUCAGCUAGUUCGACUUUCGUCCAUCAUCCAUCACAUUCUCAAACGUAUACUUGCGACCAAAUAUGACCAACAGAGUGUUGAUAAUGCAAUGGUUGUGAGCGAAUUCAAUGCUCGCUUGCUAAAAUUUUAUGAUGAUCUUCCUCCAGAGAUGAGGUACAAUAAAAGCGCACCGGCAACCACCCUGUUAACGCCUCGAGUUGCUGCGUUGCACAUCAUCUACCAUGCGGCUCGUUUGUCGCUGAAUAAGCGAUUCAUCUGGUCCGCUACACAGACAACAGCAGCCAAGCUUUCAUUUAAUCCGAGAGAGCAAUUGGAAGCGAUUCAGGCUUGUGUCGAAUCCAUUGAUGCGAUAGUAGCAUUGGCAGCAUCUUUCAGCGCACAAUAUGAUGGAUUAAGCUGUGCACCACUUGUGCUUGUCCACACCGCCUUGAUCGCGGUGAACAUUGUGGUGGCUUGUUCAAAUGUGAACUGUAACACUGACAGUACACUUAGACACACCUCGAGUGAACUCCAGGCUUUCGGGAUACCGCUCUAUAUUAUCCUGCAAGAAAUGGCCACCAGCUGGAAGCUUGCAGCAGAGGCUGCCACAAGGCUGGGAGCAUUGUUCCAAAUCAAGAAAGGUUCUGCAUUUGAAGCCUCUCAUCCUCCCAUCAACGGAAGCCACAUGGCGCCCGGGUCUUGGCAAGAUCCGUCUGUGGCAAUUGCCAGUGUGUCAAGCUCAGUCGAAGACAAUGAGUGGGCCUCAUUCAUGCAAGAUUUUGAGCUACAAUAUGGACUCGAAGGGUUCGACAUUUUAUUCCCCACGAUGUAA